AUGUCUAAUAACUUCGCUCGUAAUGACAUUUCUUCAAGUUCUGAUGAUGAAGCAGACAAUUAUAGAUCCCAAAUCCAGAUUCCGAGACUAGAUCUAGCAAAUUAUAGGAAGCAGCAAAAAUCUACUUCCAAGACGAACCUUGCCAAAGCGGGUAAAAGACUUAAGCACAAGUCAGUUAGAUUCCCCGAUCUGUAUUCUCCUAGAGAUACUAUUAUAAGCAAUACAUCUACCACUACAAAUAAUUCUUCGUCAGAUUCUGAGCUAGAGCCUGAUAUGGCUGGUGGUGAGAAUUCGAAUUUGCCAAAUUUCAAUUUUAGUGCAGACAGGAUACACUCGCCAGAUUAUGCGAAUGAAGAUGAGCCAAACGACUACAGUGACGAAGAAGAGGAUACAUUUGAGCCUCCGGCUGAGUUUUAUGCUUCGGAGGGAUCGGACGAUGACAUGGAAGCUAAUGACAAAACUGAUAAGGAAGAGGUGGUAAAUGAAAAGGAAGAAAUAUUCGAUGAUUCGCAUUCUAGGAACUCUAGAACAUCUAAGGAGUCUAAAACAACAACUUCUGGAGCUAGGAAUUCUAGAAAGUCAAUUACUUCGCUCCAGCGUAACGAAACUGAUGUAACCGAUCAGUUAAAAAGAACCACAUCUACAACCUCGUCAUCAAAUACAGAAAAGCGUACUGGUUUGAAAGAUAUUUUACGUAAAUUUGCUCUAGUAGAUCAACAAUAUCCCGAAAAUGCAGGCAAUCGUGAAAGUGAGGACUUAGGGCAGCCAUCUAGAUCCGAUACAUUUUUGGGUAAUGUGUUGUCUAUGGCCGGUGAAAGUGGUGGAUUGGUUCCAGGGGCCACACACUUCUCUAGGGAGAAGACAAUAGAUGAAGAGGAAGAAGUGGGCCUUGAAAAUGAAGACUCAGAUGUAAUUGAAAUGAAGAAGUUAGAUUUUGCGCAAUUAAGUAACGAAGCGCAAAACUUGAUUUCUACGCAUGUCCCUGACUUAGUUAAUAAGUUGCCAGAAGGUACAAGUAGUGAUCAUCAACUUGACUCGGAUACUUCUGCCUCGAACUUAAUUAAAAAAGAAGAGGAGGAGGAAGUGAACGGUAAGAAGGAUGAUGAUUUCUAUGUUCCUAAUCCUGACUAUUUCAUUCGUGGAGAUAUUAAUAAUGGCAAUGAUGGAGAUGACUAUUUAAUGUUGGAUGAGGAUAUGGACAAUAUUGCGCCUCCUAAACGGGUUCAGGCAGGUGUUCUUUCGUCCUUGUUAAAAUUAUAUCAAAAUCCUCAAGAACAACAAUCUUCAACUUCGUUAACCUCGAAGAGUACUUAUGGAGGUACAACUUUGGCCGAAGACCAAGAUUACAGCUUAAACGAAACAAAAACUACCAGUACGUUAGAUUUUACGAAGUUGAAAAAUGAUUUUAAAUCUGGUCCAAGAAGAAUGGCUAAUAAAAUUCCUGGUAGAAAGCAUGGCGUUCAUAAACAAGAUACGCAAGACGAGUUUGCUGAGAAGUUUUACGAUGAAGAUGGUAAUGAAAUUGCACCACCAAAUUUACCAUCAUUUCACAAUGCAAAGCCUAAAGCUCCUAAAAAAAUUGCAUAUGCUGGAAAAGUCCCAUCCAAGGUUCACAAGAAACUUAAAGAGCAUAAGAGACAACGAGACCAGCAGCUUCGUAUCACUGUGCAUAUUGCCGAUAUUCUUCAUAGACAAAGAUUUAUUAUGAGAAUGUGUAAAGCAUUGAUGAUGUUUGGAGCUCCAACUCACAGAUUAGAAGAAUAUAUGACUCUAACGAGUAGAGUAUUAGAGAUUGAUGGUCAAUUCGUUUAUUUUCCGGGCUGUAUGAUUGUAUCAUUUGGUGAUGCAUCGACUAGAACUUCUGAAGUUCACUUGGUCAGAUGCGCUCAAGGUUUAAAUUUAUCAAAACUUUCUGAUACACAUAGAAUUUAUAAAGGUGUUAUUCAUGAUAUAUUACCAGUUGAUGAAGCCUCCACCCAACUUGAAGAAUUAUUGAAGAAAAAGAACAGAUACUCACCAUGGAUAUGUGUUUUCCUCUAUGGAUUGGGAUCAUCUAUGGUUUGUCCUUUUGCUUUCGAUGGUGGAUGGUAUGAUGUCCCCAUUGCUUUCGGUGUAGGAUUGUGCGUGGGGUAUUUGCAAUUUUUUGUGUCUUCAAAAUCUAACUUAUACUCUUCAGUUUUCGAAGUCACUGCAUCUAUUGUUGUCACAUUUAUUGCAAGAGCGAUUGGAUCCAUUCAUAAUGGUAAUAUCUUCUGUUUUUCUGCUAUUGCACAAGGUUCACUAGCGUUGAUUUUGCCUGGUUAUAUUAUUUUGACUGGAUCUUUAGAGUUGCAGUCUAGAAACAUUGUCGCCGGUUCUGUCAGAAUGUUCUAUGCUAUUAUCUAUUCGUUAUUCUUGGGUUUUGGUAUCACAUUAGGAGCAUCGUUAUAUGGUUGGGUUGACAGUAAUGCAGUCUCAACUGCAAAAUGUAAAAACUCAAUCAAACAAGAUGAAUUCAAAAUUCUCUUUGUUCCAAUGUUUUCAGCAUGUUUAGGUUUGAUUAAUCAAGCAAGAUGGAGACAAUUGCCAAUUAUGAUUGCUAUUGCAUGCGCUGGUUAUGUAGGUACAUUUUUUGCCGGUAAACAUAAGCAAUUUACUGAAGUCACUGAAUUCACUGCUUGUAUCGGCGCAUUUAUCGUUGGUAUUUUGGGUAAUUUGUACUCAAGAAUUGGUAAAGGUAUGGCAGUGGCUGCCAUGUUGCCAGCUAUUUUUGUCCAAGUUCCAUCUGGUAUAGCAUCUAAAAGUUCUCUCUUGGCUGGUGUUGAAUCAGCUGACAAGAUUACAAGUAGUAAUUCUACUUCUAGCGACACUACUACAGAUUCGGAUUCGGCGGGCUCAUUAGCUUUUGGUGCCACUAUGGUUAAGGUUUCAAUUGGUAUUAGUGUGGGAUUAUUUGCUUCUGCUUUGUUCGUGUACCCAUUUGGUAAGAAAAAAACUGGUCUUUUUUCUUUGUAG